AAAAGAGCGAAGUGUGGAAAACGGUCUUCCUAAAAAUCACGGAAAAUUACACAAUUACAGGAUAGAAGACCUUGUAAUUGUGUUAAUCUCGAGAUAGAGAAGGCUGGAAAUACAGUCAAGAAGAAAUUUUCAGCAGAAGAGUACGGAGUGGGCGCCAUUCCUGCAGGUUCCAUAUCUUAACGAGGAUAAUCUAGGGUCGGCUUAAAAUUCAAAUUCAAAACUGGGGUUAGGUUACAAGCCGCGAACGCUCGAGCUUCAGGUGCAAUUCAGCCCCUUGGCUUGAAGGGGACAGGAUUGGACAGAAACUGGCAAGAACGGGUCAAAAAGCAAAUUGUCGAUGGAGUCAGUAGGUCGCAAGACCCGACGGAUAGAAGGAAGGAAGGAAGGGAGGAAGGAUCGAGCGGGUGACGUACGUUGUCCGUGUGGGCGCCGCAGCACCUGAUGGAAGGAGGCGUCAUCAGGAGAUGCGGAUGUGGAUUCUGCUGCUCAUGGGCCUCGGGCAAGAGAACCUUCUCGUCUUCCUUUGGGGUCACUGACUUCUGCUGCUCUGCGACCUCAUGCUUUCAUGAGCUUUGGUUUCUUUCCUUCGGUUUGUCCGCUUGUUCGGAGUCGAUCAUCGAGUUUUGUAGAGUUUAGGAAGGAAGGAAGGAAGGACAUUCUGUAAUCCGAGUGACUAGAUUCUGCUGAUGGUAGAUUUUGCUGGCGAGAGAUGUGUAUCGGGAUAGGUGCUAGUGGUAGCUAGGAUGCGGUAGACGGUACCGGUAUGCCUCCUCCUCAUUCUUUGGAUCCCAAUUUUUGUGGCACAUUUCUAUCAGUCAAGUAUGAUUAUGUUCCCAUUCGGUGUCGAUGGAUUGAUGUCUGGAGGAAAGAGGGGUUGAUUCCGUCACCAUCCCAAAUCUAUCUUAAGAUCCAGAAGGAGCCCUUAAAAGGAAAGUAGAGAUUUUCUCGUGACGAGGAUUGAUUCAUAGAUCACGUGAUUCGAUUUUUGUAAUAGUAGAAUUGUAGGGGUUGACUAUGAUUACAACAUGUAUUACGUGUAAAUUUUGCAGAAAAGAGUAUCUACGGACCAAAAGGGUGCAUUAAAGGCAAGCACAUGAGAAGAUGAGGAACCAUCACUAGCCUAAAAGCAAAAGAGAGAAAGCCUAGAACACCAGAAGUGUGGAUCAAUGUAGAACCUGCCAAAGAGUAACUCCUACUGGAAGAUAAUUCUUUUCACUCUAUAGGAAGUUAAGUGUUGGGAGAGCAGGCGAUGUUGCAGAGGGUAUUACUUUACUUUACAAUGGAGGCCAUGAAUUGACACCUGGAUUUACUACCAAGAUCUGCUGCCCAGAGAGUAACAUACACUGGCAUGAAGUGGUUUAGAAGCUAAAACACGUCUGAAGCUCAUUUCUUAUGUAUUUCAUGAGAUUACUUAAAAUCUAAUUAAAAAGUCUCCCAUUUUCGGCAUUAUGGGAUGGUGAAUCCAUGUCGAGUCGCUUGUGUAAAACUUAUCGGCGCAAAAGUGUUGAAUGCGGAUAAAUUCCAUCUAAGAGCCGUGCAAAGAUUCCCCGCCAAACGCAAAACGACCAUCAUGUGAAUGCACCGGAGCCAUCAAGAAGGUCCCGAACUGAAGGGGUGGGGAACAAGGGCCCGAUGUGGUCUCCGAUGGGAACCAUCUUAGUGGGGGUUGUGACGCGUCACAUCUCUGCCGAUGCUAAUGCGGGAGAGCCAGGAGGAGGAAGAGGAGGUCAUGAGACUGGUGGACUCAUCGACAUGGUGAUGUUGUAGAUGUUUCACUGGUGCCCUUACUGUUUUCCAGAAGGGAAGGGAAGGAAAAGGAAGGGAAGCGAGGCGAGGCGAGGCGAGAGAAGGAAGCGAUUGAGGGGUGGAGGCUAGGACGAGGGCCGGGAGUGCUGAUGAGAGAUUCAGUGGAGAGAACAGGUUAAUGUCUGGGAGACGGAGAUGGAGAUUGAGGUAGAGAAAGAGGCUGGGUGUGUACGUGCGGAGGCUGUUGCGCCUGCUGUUGUGAAGAUGGGAAUGGGGUUGGAAGAGAACGGGAAUGAGGUAGCAGGGGUUGCGAAAAUUCCAGCGCCUUCAUCGCCACCUCUCUCACCGAGAAGGGAAACAGGUCUAGGAGAAGGAGCGGAGAUGGACGUGGAGAUGGACAAGAAUGGUGUGGAAAAUGGUGACUUCACAAGUGAUGACGAGGGGGGCGAUGGGCUUUCAGGUGUUGAGGAAUGUGAUGCAGAAGGAGUUUCGGGUACUGACAGCGGGGAUGAUGAGAGUUUGGACGAGGGGGAAGUGUCAUCUCUGUCGGAAAAUGGAUUGGACGGGGACCCUAGUGGAGAUCCUGAGCUUAAGAAGAAAAAGAAGAAGAAGAAAAAGAAGAAGAAGAAAAAGAAGACCUCGAAAGAUGGAGAUCCCAACCAGUUUGCGGCUCUGGAGUCCCAAAUGUUGCAACCCGAGGUUGCAGACAAGAGAUAUUCUACCUGUCUUGAGUCGAUGCGAAAUGACAAUUCACUGCUUUGGAUGCAACUGAACAAAUGUCGAAUCACCGACAAAAGAGCUCGAAAGCUCUUCUCUGCCCUCAAGGAGAACAACACCCUCACUAGCUUGGAUCUUUCUGAGAAUCUCAUGACGGACGACAGCAUUCAGUUUUUGUUGGGGGUCUUGGCAGCUGGGUCUGCACCUAACCUCAUCUACGUCGACGUCCGCGGAAAUCCGAUCUCCGAUAAAAGUCAGGAGAUUCUUGGUCGGUUGCAUAAUCUCCGAAAACACUUGAAGGUGGACUUUGAUAUGGAGUCAAGUGAAGGAGAGAAAGACGGAUCUGCAGCUGAUGAUGAGUGGUCAGAAGGUUUUCCCAGAAAGAAUUGGAUGGCUGGUUGCACUGAAAGUGGAUCAAACUGGUCUCAAGAGGAUGUCGCAGCGACUAAUCACCUCAGAAUGUCAAAUCCUCGAGCCCUGCAAGAAAAGAUAGAAGGUGCUCUACUAGCUAUCAAGCGGAGUUCUAUAAAGUUGAAUGUUCCAGAACUAACCAUCAGUUUGAGAGAAAUCAUCAUCAACUUCUCGCAACAGCUGUAUCAUUAUCGUGGAAAGAGCAAUGAUUGGACGACGCUUGACAACUUGCCAGAGGGUUUACCUUUUUUGUUGGAAAAUUUCGGAGUGUUUUUGACCGUUCUGGACAUGAGCCCAAAUCCAAUCAUGUGCCAGAGGAAGGUUGAGGAGCAAUCCGCCGGUUUACACCGUAUUGCCCUCGUUGAGUUGCUCAAUCUUCUGCUGGUUCCAACGUCGCCUUGUAUUGAACAUGAGUUGUUAGAGAAGGGAACUCCAGCCAGAAUUGUCAGCCUUUUUUUCCAGUUUCCAUGGAACAGUGUGAUACAAGGGGCAGCUUUCAGAUCCUUGCAGGGUAUGUUAAGUAAACCGAGGCUCAUCUGUCCACUCCUGGAGGGAAGCAAUAAUCUUGCGGCACGGUUAGCAAAGACGGGAACAGAUUGUGCUUCUUACCAGAUGGGGAAAAGACCUGGGUAUGCUGGCUACAUCGUGAAACUGUCCGUAGAAGUCCAAUCUCUUGUUGAUAAGGACGUAGAUGCUAAGUUUCUCCUCAACAUGAACGAUGAAUGGAAGAAGUACGUGGGACCAGGUGGAGCCUUCAGGAAAAUGAUGGCCGAGCAAACUGGCCAUUUGGGAGGUCCUAAACCUGCGAAUUCAAAAUCUGUGUCAUCCUUCUUUCAAAAUGACGGUAGUCGGACAUCGUCAACUUUGGAGCAGCUCAGAGGACUUUUUCUCCCAUUACCCGCAUUGCUUUCAGAACCUCUACCCGAAGUGAUCUUACAUAUUCAUGUGUGGGAGAAUCCACGUCUCCUACUUCCAUAUGAUAAACUGAUACUGUCCACAAGUGGCAGGCCGGUGAAUUACCGCCAAUAUGAUUCUCAAGGUGGCUCUAAAUAGGCGUCAUAUUGCCUUCGUUGGCCACAUUCUUGAAAAAGAAAGGUUCUGAAUCUAAUUAUCUGGUGGACUCUUAGCGAUUUGUUGAAGAUGUACGUUUUAGAUUCCAGAAGUACAUGCCAUAUACCAGACUUGGGGUCGCUUGUUUCCGAUCAAAAUUGUAGUCUAAUUUGAGUACACACUGGGAUUGCACCCCGGUUCUGUAAGAGACGAAGGAAUCA